AUGACGCCUACAAUUGAAGAACUGCUGAGAGACUACGAUGACGGCGCUCCAAUCGAAAGAAUUGCAUAUCGCAGAUACAAACACCCCAUCGCCAUCGUCGAGCCAGAUCCAACAUGGCCUGAGCUCUUCACCCGCGCAAAAGCACGUAUCGAGUCUGCUCUUGGCGACACGGCCAUCUCAAUCAACCACGUCGGCUCAACAAGCGUUCCAGGCCUUCCAGCCAAAGCCGUUAUCGACAUUGACCUAACCGUGAAAGACCUCAACGAUGAAGCAUCCUACGUACAGGCUCUUGAAGACGUUGGCUUCCAUUUUCUGUUGCGAGAGCCCGGGUGGCAUGGACAUCGCUUCUUUUGCGAUUAUGAGCCUGUGCCGACGAAUCUGCAUGUUUGGGGUCCUGGCUGCCCUGAGGUGGUGAGACAUAAGAUCUUUGCGGAUUGGUUGAGAAAGAAUGAGGAUGAUAAGGAAGCUUAUGAGAAUAUUAAGAGGGAGGCUGCGAAGGCGAGUGUUGAGAAUGGGGAGGAUGUUAUGGAGUAUAAUAAUAGGAAGCAGAAUGUCAUUCGGGAGAUUCUGCAGAGGGCGUUUAAAGAUUUGGGAUACCUAUAA